GUCAACCAGAGAACAUGAUGCCUCCUGCGAGUCAACUCGUGUAGUCGAGCAAACAGAACUGAAAUAUUAUAGCACUAUUGUAUCGAGGGAAGGUGGCGUGACACAUCGGCGCGCUCCCGCUCGCUCUCUCUCUCUCUCCCUCUCUCUUGGUAAGAUUGGAGCGGGCCGUCAACAAGCAAACUGGCCGGCAGAGCGGGAUUUCUACCGGGUCUAUUUUUGAUAGACACAUUUUAGCCUCGUUAUCUCGAGGCUGAAGUGGCAGAUCUUUAGCGGGCGUCUCACAAAAAGCAUGGUGAUGGCUGACUGUCACCAAAAGCCAGUGCUUCGCGCUCCGGUCCGAGUGGGUUUCUACGACAUCGAACGGACUCUUGGAAAGGGAAAUUUCGCGGUUGUGAAACUGGCGAGACAUCGUAUAACCAAGACAGAGGUGGCUAUAAAGAUCAUUGACAAGACACAGCUGGAUGCCGUAAACCUGGAGAAGAUCUAUCGUGAAGUACAGAUUAUGAAAAUGCUGGACCAUCCGCACAUCAUUAAACUGUACCAGGUCAUGGAGACCAAGAACAUGCUGUACUUAGUGACGGAGUAUGCCAAGAAUGGGGAAAUAUUUGAUUAUCUAGCCAAGCACGGACGGCUAAACGAACCGGAGGCCCGGCGUAAAUUCUGGCAAAUCCUGUCCGCUGUUGAGUACUGCCACAACCGAAACAUCGUCCACCGGGACCUGAAGGCCGAGAACCUGCUGCUAGAUGGACACAUGAACAUCAAGAUUGCUGAUUUUGGCUUUGGAAACUUCUUUCAGCCAGGAAAGCCCCUGGCCACGUGGUGCGGGAGUCCUCCCUACGCAGCUCCGGAGGUGUUCGAGGGCCAGCAGUAUGAAGGACCCCAACUGGACAUCUGGAGCAUGGGGGUGGUCUUGUAUGUGCUGGUGUGCGGCGCCCUGCCCUUCGACGGCCCCUCUCUUCCUGUUCUGCGGCAGCGUGUUCUGGAGGGCCGCUUUCGUAUCCCUUACUUCAUGACGGAAGACUGUGAGCAUCUGAUCAGGAGGAUGCUGGUAUUGGACCCCUGCAGGCGUCUGUCUAUAGGACAAAUAAAGGAGCACAAGUGGAUGGUUUUGGAUGUGCCUGUGCAGAGACCGAUGUUAUAUCAGCAGACUGCUGAGGGAGAGGGCAGGGUGGGAGAAUACAGUGAACAGGUGCUCAGGUUAAUGCACAGCCUGGGCAUUGACCAGCACAAAACUAUAGAGUCUCUUCAGAAUAAGAGUUACAAUCAUUUUGCUGCUAUCUACUACUUGCUGGUUGAGAGGUUAAAGGCACACCGUUGCAGUUUCCCUGUGGAGCCCAGACUCGACGCCCGCCAGAGACGACCCAGUACGAUUGCCGAGCAGACCGUCGUCAAGGCGAGCAGCGCUGCUCCUCAGGUGAGCUGCCUUCCUCAGAACGUACGUCUGCAUCGAUCCCCGGCGGUGCCGCAAGCCUCCGCGGACUCCUUUACAUUCCCACAAUCGUCCUGUGCUGCUGAUCACGGCCUAAUGGAGGAAGAGGUCGGAACUCCAAAAGUUAACGGCUGCAUGCUGGACCCCCUACCCCCAGUAGCCGUUCGGAAAUCCAGCACCUCAUCCCCCAGCAACAUGAUGGAGACGUCAAUUGAUGAGGGCAUCGAGACGGAGGAGUUAGACACAGAGGAUGACCCCGCCCAUCUCUUCAAUGCCUAUCAGAUGACCCGCUUCGGUCAGCGUAGACACACGCUGUCAGAGGUCACCAACCAGCCAGCAGUCUUGACCAAUGCAGGUAAAUUGUUCAGCAUGGGUCAGAACCCUUCUCUAGGAAGCGUCGAUUCAGAGUAUGACAUGGGCUCCAUGCACAGUGACCUCAGUCUGCUGGAGGACACACCCUCUCUUAAUGAGGUGGUCUUGGCCAACGCACCCAUUAACAGCAUUCCUCCGUCCUUCAUCAGCGCUCGGCCCGCUAACCCCGCCAUGCAGGCGCUGAACGCCCAGAGGAGAGAGAUGCACAACCGCUCUCCCAUCAGCUUCCGUGAGGGCCGCAGGGCGUCAGACACCUCACUCACACAAGGUUUGGUGGCGUUUAGGCAGCAUUUGCAAAACCUGGCACGGACCAAAGGGAUCCUGGAGCUAAAUAAGGUGUACGAGCAGAUGGGCUCUGGAGAAAGCCCUUCGCUGGGACUUCUGAACCCUCAGGCCCAUCCACAUAACUUACUGGACCCUGCACUACAGGAGGAAAGAGGUCACCAGCAUGACACGGCUCUGUGCUCAGGAGGAACACAUCCCGCUUUGUUGUCAAGGAGACAGAGUCUAGAACCACAGUACCUCUCUCACAGAAUACAGACAGCUACUCUGAUGGCCAACAGCCCCAGCAGUUGCCAGAUGUUCUGCAAAGAAACCCCUCGCAGUCUGGAGCAGCAGCUGCAGGAACACAGGCUGCAACAGAAACGCCUAUAUCUCCAGAAGCAAUCCCAGAUGCAGGCCUACUUCAAUCAGAUGCACAUUGUGGAGGACCCCUAUGCAACUAUGGGGCACCAGGACUCCUCUCCUCCUGCCCAGGGUUCAAUAGCACCAGCACAUCAACACCAAGGUCCCCAGGCGUCCCCUCCGUACGUGCCCCUCGGACAUCUAAUGGAGCCGAACCCAGAAACCCUGGCGUACGAUGCCUACCUAAGUCACUACACCCAAAUGCAGCAGCAAGCACCUUUACCACAAGGCUUCUCCGCUCAGCUACAAGGCCAACAACAAGAAGCUCUCAACUACAACUACCCAACAUGCGAGCCUUCAGGAGAACCUGUCUACCAGGAGCAAUACGACUAUCCUCUUGAUCCCGGACAACCACCUCCACCUGGCCCGACAGAGGGCGCUGGGUACGAAGGUUUGGGCGACGCAUUUCUGGACGGCGAAAUGAUGGAGACUGUGGACUCCCAGCAUGGUUUUGUGCUAGUGAACUAAGGCAAAGACAAGGAAAACAACCAGUAUUACCUUGAUAUGCGACUCACUACGGAUAAACUGACGAAUGAUCGGUGGGAUUAGGUAAAAGGGAUGGAUGGAUGGAGUUUUGUAUCGUGGCAUACGUGAGCUGUAAUCUUUUUUUUAUUUUUUACGAAACUCCUCCCUACCUCCCUCCUCAUUCCCCAGCGGUCACACCUGCUGCUCUCUUUCACAAUAGAGGGCCGGAUGGCAUCGGUGCCAGCACCGGGUCGGCUGUACUGCAGGACUGCCGCGUGUGGGAGCUCACCUCCUCUCUCGCCUUCGAGCUGACCGCAGGAUAGGAGCUGCUCGCUACGCACUGUAUGUAGCACAAAGACAGCCUAGACCUGCAAUACGGAGCCUGCUAAAGAGCACAAUUCAAUCUGAACCAGUUUGUACUGAUUCUGAACAAAACUCAAAGAGUGCUUAUAGUUGUACAUAGUUGACAAGUGCAAUGUUAGUUCAAACGUAUGGCAAUAUUAAAGCAAUAUAAACUAAUUUAUCUGGAAUUGAAAAUGAAGCCAUAAAUAGGAAUCACACCACCCAAAAAAUAAAGUCAAAUCAGUGUGAUUUUUUUCACUGUUCACCUGAAAGGCCCUAAAAAUAGCAAUCUGUUCUGCUUAAACCGCAACAGUGUUAAUUCGCUCACUAAUAUGUUAGUUUCUCAACAUCGGCACAGCAGCUUUUGGCGCACAUGGUAGGAUGAGUCACGACUCGUGUUUAGAUGUGAUGGUUAAUGGGGUGUGGUUUGUACUUCAGGGUGACCUCAUCAUCUCCAUAGGUGCUAAUUUAGGUAUGCAUUUAUAUAAUUUAGAGCAUUAUUAUUAUUAUUAUUUUAUUCAUAUUUCUUUCGCACAAAUCUGGGCUUGGAAAGAUAACAUCUGAUUUUAGAAAUUGUAGUGAAUGAUAAUUUCACACCUUUAGUCAUGAGACACUGGACUGCGGCCAAUCAAUCGCAUUACCAUUAUUAAAUGAAUACAGCAGCACUGGCCAAUUAAAAAUUUCUGGCAGAUCUUACCCUAUCCACAAUUUUCAUAAAAUUUGGGGAUUUCUAACAAAACAUGUAGAUAAUAUACUGGAGCACUUUGUGAAGGAAGUGAAUGAAAAUGUAGCUAAGGAGGAGACGGCGGAUGGGUGAGGUCGGCCUGCUCUGCUAGUUUCGUCAAGACAAAAAACUCACCUCUUUUCAAUAACGUACUGCCCACAAGCCUCUUAAAGAAGGACACAAGAGAGCUUGACUUGAUUGUUUCACGUGCUUUGUGUAAAGUAGGGGUUAGAAAGCGCUUUCAAAACGCAACUGAUAUUGUAUUUAAUGUGAUAGUGUUCGGUGUGCCUUUUUCUUCUUUUUAAAUUAAGUUUGAUUCUCUAUCUGUUGGUAUUGUUACAGGACAUACAGUACGUAGAUCAGGUUUUACAAAGGUACGAAACCAAAGUCCCCUCAGAAGUGUUAAUGUGUAACCCCACAAUGUGGAGUUUGGAGCUUCUCUGUCACUUUUGUGCUUUUUGUUUUAAUUUAGUUUUUUUUUUUUUUUUGGUGUAUACCGUUGAAAAGUAUUAAUAGCAAUAUUUCGAAUAAAUAGUCCAGAUUAGUGAAUGUGUUGCCAUACCAUAAUCGCACCUUUUGCUGGUGAACACCAUUCCUUAGAAAUCCAAUUCUACAUUUACCUUCAUGGUUGUUGACCACACAUAAGCUACCGUGCUGUUGAAAUAAAAAGUUUAUUGAA